AUGCGCAGAGUCGAGAUCCUCGAGUCUCCUGUCCAUCUCUGCUUUGUUCUGUGUUUAAGCAACCUCAAUCACCUUCGGGCGAUUGUGCCAGUGCUUCCCCAUUUCCUUUGCAGUAUGAUUCAUGUAUCUUUUCCACGGCCGCUCAGCAAAGUGACUCAAGCUGUCGUUAUAAUUACCAUUACUUUAUCAAUAUGCUUUGGGCUCUCCCAUGUCUCAGGAACUCCGUCUCUCUCUCAGCACCGAGUCUUUCCAGACGAUAGGAUAACCACCGCAUCCGCCAAAGAUGGAAACGCAACGCUCCUGGCUGCGGCACCCGCCUAUAUUCAAGCGAUAAUGAACUCGAGCGACACAACGUUUCCACGGCUCGAAUGCCGACAGAUAAACUCGGCUCGGUAUGGAUAUCUCGGAUAUUCCGAUACAGACCAAAAAUACUUCUUCGCGCUCGACCUUCAUGAAAGCGCGAAGCUACUGCCCCGCCUUCUCGGGUCGAUCGUGGAGACCAUGAACUUCCUUGGGCCUGAGCGGUGCUCACUGUCGGUUGUGGAAGGCCAUUCGAAUGAUGGAACGUUCGAGAUACUGAAGCUGUUGCGGAAUGCUAUUGAGAAGACAGGCGCAACGUAUCAUUUCGUGUCAAGUCCUCUCGAUACAUCGCAAGGGGAACGAAUAGAGAAACUGGCGCAGUUAAGGAAUCUCGCUGUUGAGCCCCUAGUCACUUCGUCAAGUAUCGCCGAUACUACGGUUAUAUUUUUCAACGAUGUUGCUAUUUGCUCAGAGGAUAUUUUGGAAUUGCUUCAUCAGCGCAUUUACCAAGCGGCAGACAUGACUUGCGGAAUGGAUUGGACAUAUGUUGGACAGGAUCCCACUUUCUACGAUGUCUGGAUAGCGCGAGGCAUGACAGGCGACUCAUUCUUCAACAUCCCAGAAGACGGAAACUGGAACUCAGCCUGGAACCUCUUCUGGAACGACGAUGCAUCCCGGCAAAAACUCAACAGUCAUCAACCAUUUCAGGUGUUCUCUUGUUGGAAUGGCGCUACGGCUUUCUCGGGGAAAGUGCUAAAAAAGGUGCAGUUCCGGCACUCGAAAAAGAAUGAGUGUUAUCAGGGGGAGCCAAAACUGUUUUGUAAGGAUAUGUGGCAUCAGGGCUUUGGCAGGAUUGCUGUAGUUCCAACUGUGAAUAUAGAGUACUCGGACGAGGCGGCUAUGAAGAUUAAGGCCCUGAAGGGCCAUGUGUCGGAUUGGGCAGGAAAGCCAGAAAGUACGGAUGAGAAAAUAGAAUGGGCAAUGAAGCCGCCGGAGAAGGUGAAGUGUAUGAGGAACUAUGGCGACCAAAUAUGGGUCCCGUGGGAUGAGAAUAUAUAG